CUUAUAUGUGGUUGCUGUCACCUAUAAUAAAUCCACCUUGGUUAGUAUUAACUGGGGUAUAGUGAGCAGAGGUACUUUGCUUUCAGCGCAUUUGUUACAGUUCAGAUACGAAUAAAAUAGUCAUAGGCCCCCUAUUUUCGCAUCUGUUUACUAUGAAGCGACUCCGUCUCAGCAGCUUUCUCUACCAGUCUACGACUUAGCGUGUUGGCGUUUUAAUAAUAAAUAUAAUAAUAUAUUACACAACUGUUUAUUAUUAAAUAUAUACAUAUAGUAUUAUUAAACAGAUACACACACAAAAUACAUGUUUCAUGAAAAACAAAACCGUUACCGAAAAGUACAGGGGAGCACUUUUUUAUUUAAUUUUACACGCAAUUGUAAUGUCCACGUAUGGAACUUGCCUCGUUUUAGAUGGAAUAAUUCAAUGUACAACGCGUGAUGAAUUUUCCUACCAAGAAAUGAUAUCAUUUCUUCCAUUGACUAGUCAUCCGAAUCCCAGGAAAGUGCUUAUCGUUGGAGGAGGUGAUGGCGGUGUUGCGCGAGAAGUAGCAAAACAUCCUUUAGUCGAAGAAAUUCAUCAAGUUGAAAUUGAUGAAAGAGUAGUAGAGCUGUCAAAAAAAUAUUUGCCAAAUAUGGCUUGUGGAUUUCAGAGCCCUAAACUUAAGCUUACUAUUGGAGAUGGUUUUGCAUUUAUGAAAACCCACGAGAAUGAAUUUGAUGUAAUAAUAACGGACAGUUCAGAUCCAGUUGGUCCUGCGGUAUCGCUAUUUCAAGAGAAUUACUAUCAACUCAUGAAAAAGUCUCUGCGGCCAGGUGGUAUUGUAUGUUCUCAAGGAGGCACUUAUUGGCUGGAUUGUGAGCAUGUGAAAAAUACGGUGAAUAGUUGCAAAAAGCAUUUUCCAACUGUAGCUUAUGCUCACACAACUGUUCCAUCUUAUCCAUGUGGCCACAUCGGCUUCGUUAUUGGGUGUGCUGAUUCUAAUAGAGAUUUAAAAACACCAAUAAAAAAGUUUAGUAAGACCGAAUUGGAUGAUAUGAAAUUAAAAUAUUAUUCCAGUGAUAUACAUUCCGCGGCAUUUGCAUUACCUCGAUGGGUAGAAAAAUCUUUUUUAUCAAUUUAAUGGUUUUAUUAAUAUAAAUCCUGAGUUUUAUAUUGUAUUUUUUAAAAUAAAUAAAUAUUGUGUGAAGAAUUCCAAUAUCUAUAGUCGCAGGUUUUGAAA